CUUUUCUUCUUUUUCUUUUUGAACAGAUGCAAUAUCUCUCUCUGCUCACAGCAUUGCUUGGUUUUGGUUGAUACCUCUCACACAACACACAAGAUGAAUGCCAAAUGGCUUCUAGGGCUGGCUGCCGCCGCCCGCCUGGUCUCCGCGCAAACCACUGUCACCUCCAUGUUCAUCUACGAUGCCGAUCCCCAACCCUUGGUGGCAUCUGUCAUGGGCGUUGCCGCAACGGCAACCACCUACUACAUCAAUUGUCCUCCUGGAACGGACAGCUCCGACUGCGGCAUGGGGCCCGGGUUGACCGUGAUCGCAGGCCCGCAAACCACCUCCUAUCUGAUGGAGGAGCCUGACGAGGACUUCUAUUGGUCGGUAGUGUGUUCUCUGCAAGGAACCACGACGGGUUCGUGCAUUGAAAUGGCCUCAGGUACCGGCGCCAACUUCCCUGGAACCAGCACCAUCCCUCUCGACACCGACGACAUUGCCAGUGGCUUGAUGCCGGUGACUAUCACCGCGGGGGCGGGCAGCAUCACUGCCUCUGACACUGCCUCAGCCACAGCUUCGCCCACUGGUGCCACUACCGCUACCGCUACCGCUACCGGAGCAUCGGCCAGCCACAAGUCUGCGACUGCUGAUGCUAGCAGCACCACUGCGACCUCCGCUGCAUCUGCUGCCUCAAGCACUACCAGCACCGGAGCCGGUGCUGUUGUUUCGAACGAUGCCACUGUGAUCUUUGGCGGUGCUGCUGUAGCGGCUCUGGUGGCGGCUGUUCUGUAAACAGGGCUGUAUUAUAUCAUUACUGUAUAUUACUACAUCUAUAUAUUCAUUUAUAAAUUGGUUCGUUCAACAUCAUGAGAA